AUGCGCGCGGGGCAGCUGAUGCUGUCAUUAGGUUGGGCUGCUGAUUGCACCGCCACAGACCACAUACUUCUCAGUGGUGCGCACGGUUCAGGAACAGGUGCAGGUGCUGCAGCCAGCAGCGGAGCUUUGGAGAAGGAAUGGGGGGCCAGAGCAUUGCAGGUGGCCCUCUCCAGCAAGAGUGGGGCUAUACAAGCCUCAACAGGAAGCAACGUGACCAUCUGGCCUCGGCUCACUGCUGCCAGGUGCAUCUCGCUUGUGGUGCCGACCUUUCAGAGGGACAAGUUUUCAUGGCAGCUGCCGCAGCUCCCUCCACGAUCGGCAUUUGCCGCCGAUGUCAAGGGACAACAGCAUGCCAACUGA